AUGCCUGCAAUACCCGACGAAUUCCCAAUUGAUCCAAAUAGUUGGCGAGCUUGUAUACGAGGAUCGGGUGAUGAGGAGCAGGCUUUCACAUCCGCCCUAGAUAUUGCCAAAGCUGUGAUUGAGUUACUUGGGGCAACGCAUUGGGUACCUCAUACUGAUACGUGGCAAUGAUAACCUGUGAUACUAAUAUACCAUAGGAACCCGUCACACAUGUUGUCGGAGAAUGGAACACAUUCAACAACGCCGUCAAGAUCAUGGAAAGAUUUUAUGGUAAGCCUAUCUCAAAUCAAAAUCUGACGCUUGAUGAGAGGUUCUAAAGUGCGAUAUUUGCAGAUCGUCCUUUGGAAAUAACCUUUAAGACAACGGAGGAAAUACAAAGAAAUGUUGCAACAGGACUGGAAGAUGGGGAGCUUACACGAGAGGCUGAAAUUGCCCAAGUAGACGAGUGGAUGAUAGCUGGUGCAACAGCAUGUCCUCGCGAGUUGACCUUGAAACAAAGGCAGACGUACUUUUCGACGGUCAGGUUUCAUACAAUUGGCGAAUUUAUUGAGUCGAUGGCAAUCUAG